CACAAAACAGAAAACACGUAGUUAACCAUUUUUUACCUUGAAAAAAUGGAAACUCCAUCGCUGACCAUUCAAUCAAUCUAUCCCUUCCUCAAACAUUUCUGCCAACCCUUUUCUCCUUUGCUUCUCUCUCAAACAAGUCUUCGCCACGCCAAAACCGAAAGUUAUUUGCUUUGAUUUCAUUGAAAGGUGUAGCCGAUGGACUAUAUCCAUACAACUCCAUCACUAGACAUGUUUAUGGGAGCUUCUUCCUACUCAAACCAAUGAUGAGAACUCCACACUUUCUUCCAUGCCUUCUUUUCUUAUCCCUGUUCCAAAUCUUAAUUCCACUUCUUGUUUCCGGCCAAUGCAACGACGAUCAAAGAUCGACGUUGCUGCAGCUAAGGAGCACCCUUGAGUAUAAUUCCACUUAUUCCACCAAGUUGGUGACAUGGAACCAAAGUGAUGACUGCUGCAUAUGGGGAGGAGUAGGCUGUGAUCGUGCAGGCCGUGUGAUCAGCUUGAACUUGGAGAACGAGGCCAUUUCUGGAGGGAUCGACAAUUCGACUGCUCUUUUCAGUCUUCAAUCUCUUGAAAGCCUAAAUCUGGCUUUCAACAUGUUCAAGCGUGCGCAGAUUCCAAAGGGGCUUCAAAAUCUGACCAAUUUGUCAUACCUUAAUUUGUCAAAUGCUGGUUUUGGCGGACAGGUUCCGAUUGAACUUGCAGAGAUGAGAAGCCUUGUUACUCUUGAUCUGUCCACCUUGUUUGGAGGAGCUCUAGUACUUGAGAAUCCAAAUCUGCGGGGGCUUGUUCAGAAUCUUCCAAGGCUGAGAGAACUUUAUCUUGACAAUGUCAACAUUUCUGCUCAGAAAAGUGACUGGUGCCAAGCAUUGUCUUCUUCUCUACCCAACUUAAUGACGCUGAGCUUACGCAGCUGUGGUCUAUCAGGCCCUCUUGAUCCUUCACUUGCAGGGCUUCAUUCUCUGUCAGUUCUACGCCUUGAUGGGAACAAUCUAUCAACAACUGUACCGGAGUUCAUUGCAAAAUUUUCAAAUUUGACAAUCUUGACUCUGGGAAAUUGCUUUCUGCAAGGUAUCUUUCCAAACGCCAUCUUUCAGGUACCCACUCUACAGAUUCUUGAUUUUUCCACCAAUGAGAAUAUCAGUGGAACCAUUUCGAAUCUUCCAGCGAACAGUUCUUUAAGGACUAUGGUGCUUAGCUACACUAAUAUGUCAGGUCGGUUGCCGGACUCCAUUGGCAAUCUGAAAAUGUUAUCUAAGAUAGAGAUUUCUAGUUGCAACUUCACUGGGUCGAUUCCGACUGCCAUCUCCAAUCUAACAGAGCUAGUCAAUGUGGAUUUUUCCCUCAACUCUUUCAUUGGUUCAAUACCCCCUUUUAGGAUGUCCAGUAAAUUGGCAUACCUAGAUCUCAGUCGCAAUUCUCUAACCGGUUCACUUUCUUCCAACCAUUUUGAAGGCCUCUCAAGUCUUGAGUAUAUAAACUUAGGUUCCAAUUCUUUGAAUGGGAGCAUUCCUUCUUCUCUGUUUGGUCUCCCUUCACUUCAGAGGCUUCUUCUUUCCAACAACACAUUUAAUGGCCAGAUUGAGGAAUUUCAAAUUCCGAAUCCCUCUAAUCUGGAUACAGUAGAUUUAAGUGGGAACCAGCUUGAAGGGUCCAUUCCAGAUUCCUUCUUCAAACUUGAGGGGUUGAGUGUACUAUCACUUUCUUCAAACCUCUUCAAUGGCACCUUAAAGCUGGAAAAGGUUCAAAGGUUUCCAAACCUCACAAGACUGGAGCUUGGAUACAACAACUUGUCUGUUGAUACAAGCAGCAGCAAUUCAAGUUCAUCCGAGUAUCCCCAGCUAAGCCGGUUAAAUCUAGCUUCCUGCAACUUGUCCAACUUCCCUGAUCUCAGAAAUCAAUCCAAACUUAUAUUUCUGGACCUCUCAAAGAAUAAUAUCAAGGGAGAAGUACCUAGUUGGAUUUGGAACCUUGGAAAUGGAUCUCUCAUUCAUUUGAAUCUUUCUAGUAAUUUCCUGGUAGAUCUCCAAAGGCCUUUCGAAAUCCCUCUUUUUCUUGCAGUUCUAGACUUACACACAAACAAACUUAGAGGUGAGUUCCCACUGCCGCCAGCAUCAGCUACCUAUGUAGACUACUCGACCAAUAACUUUCAGCAGGCCAUUCCCGUUAACAUAAGUGGCUUUACUUUGUUUGCACUGUUCUUCUCUCUAGCAAACAAUAGCCUUAGUGGAACAAUUCCUGAAUAUCUUUGCAAUGCAUCUUACCUUCAAGUUCUAGAUUUGUCUGACAACAACUUGAGGGGUCAUAUACCAAAUUGCCUAGUAAAGAGUUCUACUCUUGGAGUGCUGAAUCUGAGGAGAAAUAAAAUCAGUGGUGAGAUACCAGAUUUGUUUUCUUCCACCUGUGGUUUAAAAACAUUGGACCUCAGUGGAAAUAACCUAGGAGGAAAACUCCCACUGUCCAUGGCCAACUGCACAUCUUUAGAAGUCUUGAAUGUUGGAAGCAACAAGAUUGAAGAUACAUUCCCAUGCAAGCUGAAAGAUUCUUCUGGCUUGCGCGUUCUUGUUCUGCGCAACAACAAAUUUUAUGGGAAUAUCAGUUGUUCUGAGGUCAACGGGAGCUGGCCAAAUCUUCAAAUCAUUGAUAUAGCUUCCAAUAACUUCAGUGGUCCAAUAAAUCCGAAGUAUAUAAAAAGUUGGAAAGGAAUGAUGCUAGAGAAUGGCACAGAGUUGAGGGGACGCCACAUACGCUUUGAUUUUCUGAUUAACUUGUACUACCAGGAUGCAGUAACAGUUACUAUCAAAGGCCUAGAGCUGGAGCUUGUCAAGAUUUUGACAGUCUUCACUGCUAUCGAUGUCUCUUGCAAUAAUUUCAGCGGGGACAUACCCCAUACAGUUGGAGAUCUCAGCUCACUUUAUGUUCUCAACUUAUCACACAAUUCAUUCUCAGGUGCAAUUCCAAGCUCCAUUGGAAAUCUGAGUCAGCUUGGAUCACUGGAUCUUUCAGACAAUCAGCUGACAGGGAAAAUACCACAAGAGCUUGCAAAACUGAACUUUCUCUCGUUCCUGAACUUAUCUUACAAUAACUUGUAUGGAAUGAUCCCAACAGGUAGCCAAUUUCAAACCUUUUCAGCAGAAAACUUCGAAGGAAAUUCUGGGCUGUGCGGAUUUCCUUUGGACAAAAGUUGUUCAUCUGUUAAAGCAUUGCCAACACCGAGAUGGAAAAACAUAGAUUUCAACUGGCAAUUCAUAUUUAUCGGCUUGGGAUAUGGAGUUGGAGUGUCAUUGAUUCUUGCACCUCUUGCAUUCUCCAAGGAGUGGAGGGAAAAGUGUGAAGAGCAAAUGGAUCAAUUUUUGAAGCUGCUCUAUCCGAGAUAUGGAUUCAGUUACGUCAGAUAUGAUGACAAGGUUGAGGUGAUAAAAAAGUAUGAAGAUCAUGAGAUGACAGAUGAUGAUGAAGACGAUGAUGAUGAAGAUGAUGAAGACGCGGGAAGCAUAAUACAAAGCGGAAGAUUCUGCAUUUUUUGCACGAAACUCGACACUCAGAUCAAAAUAGUGAUGCAUAAUCCCAAUUGUACAUGUCAUUUCUCGCCUCCCAGAAUCUCUUCCACACCCACAUCAUCAUCAUCAUCUAGCUUACUAGUCAUAUAUCGCUCAAGCUUUUGAAUCUUCUCUUCUUCCUUUUUUUGCUUGGUUCUUCAUUCUGUAUAGAUACAUAGAUAGGUAGGUGCAUUUUCUCAGCAAUUUUUGGAGAAUUUGUUUAUGAAGCAAUUGUUACUCACUCUGUCAUUCAGAAGAAAAGAAACCUUUUGUCAGUUUAUUUGA